AUGACGCCCUCACAAGACAUCAUCGCCUGGCUGGUCCCGGCACCCAACUGCCCGGCCGCCGAAAAGGCCGUCUACAUGGCCGAGAACGCCUCCCGUCUUGUCCCCUGCGCCGAUUCCGCGUUUCUCUCCUCCCGCAUCAGAACCAGCCUCCUCGCCAGCGGCCCGCCACGGCACGCCCUCGCCCUCACCUUUACCACGCAACCGCCCCGACGCCACGGCCGCUUCGUCCUCGGCACCGAUGCCCGCCACUGCGACAUUGUCCUCCCGAAGCUGGACGGCGUCGCCCCGCAGCACUGCUCCGUCGGCUUCGAUGACCUGUCCCGUCUCACGCUCGACGACUUCUCCGAGACGGGCACGCAGGUCUGGUACGACUGGGACUGCGCCGGCGACCAGCGCGACUAUUCGUGGGUCCUCACCAGCGGCUACACCCACGGCUUCCCCAGCUCGGUGCAGUGCAUCACCAUCGAUAUUCAGGGUGUUCGCUUCCAAAUCAUCGCAAAUGACCACUCCUCGGAUGAAGAGGCUUUUGCCACCAAAGUUGACGUGCUUUGCGCGCAGGAGGAGCCCGCUGCUGCACAGCUCGAUGCGUUCUGGGGCGAGCAGCCGUGUACAUCACCACUCCAUGCCCUUGCGUUUUCCGCUCUUCCUGUCCUGGGACAUAUUCUUGUCAAGAGUCUGGGAGACAACCCCGACGGCGAAGUCUAUCUCUGGGACAUGGAGCGGCCGUGGGAGCCUAUGGUCAAGGCAUCUGCCUAA